CAUCACUAGUCACCACUCACCAGCAGUCCACACUCGCCUCGUCCCCCGAGGAUGAGCUCCUGGUUCCACAGGCUGCGGCGCAAGACAGCCGUUGCCGGGGCGAUCGCCAGCGCCGCCGAACCCCCGGCGCCGCCGCCCUGCUCCCCGAACAGGGCGUCCUACUACGUCCCGAGCCGGGACCGCGCCCUCGCCCUCCCGCGCCGCCCGGCCGCGGCCGCCAGGGAGGACAACCCCAAGCUCUGGGACACCCGCUUCCCGCCCCCGCCCCCGCGUAGCCCGCAGCCGAGCGACAUCGUCUUCGACGUCGUCGUCGCCGCCCGCCGCGACGACCGCUUCAGUCCGGCUCCGGAGCUCAAGCUGCGGCCCAUCCUCACGAGGCCGCCUCCCAGGCCCGACGCCGCUGGCAGCAGUAGCGCGGCCGCGUCGCCCACGGGCAGGGCGCGCCUGCCACCACCACGGUUCCACUUCGACGCCGCGAAGGGCGGCGCGGCGCCGCCGGACCACCACAGGCGGAAAAAGGCAGAGGAGGAGGAGGAGGCCUGCACCCGGAGCCAGAGCCGGAAAAGGCGCCGGCGGCUGCGGCGCGCCGGCAGGCUCCGCUGGGUGUACGAGAGCGUGGUGGUGGUGAAGGAGUCGGCGGACCCCGAGGAGGACUUCCUGGAGAGCAUGGCGGAGAUGAUCGCGGCCAACGGCGUGCGGUCGCCGCGGGGACUGGAGGAGCUCCUUGCCUGCUACAUCGCGCUCAACGCCGCCGACCACCACCGCGCCAUCGUCGCCGCGUUCCGCCGCGCCUGGCUGCACCUCCACCUCCACCGCGCGCCGCCGCCCACGCCGACGCCGAUGACGGAACCGCGCAACUGCAUGCAUGAAUCGUGCAUCGUUGUAGAUUAGCUUAGCUAGCUAGUUCUUCUUCAACCUCGAACUCACCGAUCGCUGCACGGAGCUAUAGACGCAAAGACGAUCGCGACGUGCCUGCUCGAUCUGCUGUACAGAGUGUGUAUGUAUGAUCCGGGAUGCGCGAGCGUUCAUGCGAAUUGUGGUGUGGUUGCUACGGUGGAUAUGAGCUAGCUAGUAGCACAGUUCUUGCACAGAUCGUCGAAAAGACCGGCUGCUUCGUGUUUUUUUUUCCUGCGUGCGUGGGAACUUCACUUUUGUUUGGUUGUUGUUGAUGAUGAUGUGAUGCUGCAAAGCUGAAGGAUCGAUCCGUCGAUGGGUUGUGCGUCGUCACGGGCGUGUCGCACUUCAGUUUCGGUGUUUCUUUGUUUCAGGAAAAACAAAAGGGUGUCGACGUGUCGACCGUGUGCCGAGUGCGGACUUUACACAUCAGGCUGCUCAACUUGCGUCAGGAAAAAAAUUUGGAAUACUUCGUAGUAUC